AUGGCUCUAAAGGCAAAGAAAGUGAAGAAACAAGUCUCAGGUGACAAAGAUGCCACCAUCACAAGGCCAUGGCCUGAUCUUCCCCAACAACUCCUCCAAUUAAUAUCGAGGCAAUCGACACUAAUGCAAAGAAUCAGUUAUCGGGGUGUCACGAAAUCAUGGAGGGCAUCACCAAGACAAUGCAACACUAGAGGAAAAUCACCAUGGCCCCAACUAUCCGAUGAUGGUGAUCAUGUUUGGAGCGAUGACAAAUCUCAUCCGAACUUUUUCAACAUCUCGUUUCAUCACGGUUGCAUUUGGUGGUAUGGUCGGAAGCCUCCCGAGUACUGUUAUUACCAUUGGACACAUUUUGUGGGCUACUGUUAUGGUUUACUAGUUACUAGAGGCAAAGAAUUGUGUCUUUGUGAGCCUAAUAAAAGAAUUUCGUGUCGUCUUCCACCUUGGGAUGACAAUAUUCCUAUUAAAUUUAUCACUCUAUCUUCAUCUCUUAAAAAUGCUGUACUUAGUGCACGAGAGUCCCGUCAUUACAGGAUUUGGGGAGGGUUUGAUGUAGACUGUAUUGUGUUGGUGUUAACAGGCAUUUGCUCUCCGGCUUUUGUGUACCACAUAAGGUAUGGAAGAGGUGAAUUGGAAUGGAAGAGCCAAGACUGCACUGUCAUUGACCCGUAUGGUUCAGAUCAGCAGUUUAUGAAAUUCAGUAAUGUCAUACACUUUGAAGGAAAGUUCUAUGCAUUGAGUUUGCAAGGAACACUUGCAGUUAUAAAAUUCAUCGAUUCUCGUCUUAGUAUCACCUCCAUAAGUACAAGCAGAGCUGUUCCUUCUGUAUUCUCAAAACAUUUUAGAGAAUAUUUAGUUGAAUCUGAUGGGGAAAUCUUACUGGUUUUCUUAAUCUCUACAAAAUCUAUGAACUUAGUUGAUGAUGUUGAGGUUUUUCGGCUUGAAUUUUCUAGAUUGGCAUGGGUUAAGAUGGAGAGCCUUGGGGAUAGGACUCUGUUUGCUGGGGCUAAUUGUUUUAUCUCUGUAAGUGCAAGCAAAGUGGGAUGUAGGAGAAAUUGCAUUUAUUUUACUCACAAGAGUGCUGAUGGUUGGUGGGUAUAUGAAAUGGAGAGUGGUAGCAUCUCAGCUGGUUGGGACACUGCUGAAUCUGUGACAAAAUCUCCAGUUUGGGAUCAAACAACAACCGAAGAAUAA